GGGCCUGCGGCGCGCGGGAAGCAGAGCGCGCGCUGGCCAGAGGUAGUGGCGCGGGUGACUGACACUGUCUGCAGAAAGGGAACGCUGCCUGUUCAAGACUCAGGAGGAUGAAAGUCAUCACGUGUGAAAUAGCCUGGCACAACAAAGAGCCGGUGUACAGCCUGGACUUCCAGCACGGGGCUGCAGGGAGGAUCCACAGACUGGCAUCUGCGGGGGUGGACACCGCCGUCAGGAUUUGGAAGGUAGAAAAAGGACCAGAUGGAAAAGCCAUUGUGGAAUUUUUGUCCAAUCUUGCUCGUCAUACCAAAGCUGUCAAUGUUGUGCGUUUUUCUCCAACUGGGGAAAUUUUAGCAUCAGGAGGAGAUGAUGCUGUCAUUCUGUUAUGGAAGGUGAAUGAUAAUAAGGAGCCGGAACAGAUUGCUUUCCAGGAUGAGGAUGAGGCUCAGCUGAAUAAGGAGAACUGGACUGUUGUGAAAACCCUGAGAGGCCACUUAGAAGAUGUAUAUGAUAUUUGCUGGGCAACUGAUGGGAACUUAAUGGCUUCUGCUUCUGUGGAUAACACAGCCAUCAUAUGGGAUGUCAGCAAGGGACAAAAGAUUUCAAUAUUUAAUGAACAUAAAAGUUAUGUACAAGGAGUAACCUGGGAUCCUUUGGGUCAGUAUGUUGCUACUCUGAGCUGUGACAGGGUGCUGCGGGUAUAUAGCACACAGAAGAAACGCGUGGCUUUCAACGUUUCCAAGAUGUUGUCUGGAAUUGGAGCUGAAGGAGAGGCAAGAAGUUACCGGAUGUUUCAUGAUGACAGCAUGAAGUCCUUCUUUCGUAGACUCAGUUUUACUCCUGAUGGAUCUUUGCUCCUCACUCCAGCUGGCUGUGUGGAAUCUGGUGAAAAUGUAACAAAUACAACCUAUGUUUUUGCCAGGAAAAAUCUCAAAAGGCCUAUUGCUCAUCUUCCAUGUCCUGGAAAAGCAACACUUGCUGUCCGCUGCUGUCCUGUCUACUUCGAAUUGAAGCCGGUAGUGGCCACAGGCCCGGAGCUAGUGAGCCUGCCCUACCGCCUGGUGUUUGCUGUGGCUUCAGAGGACUCUGUGCUCCUCUAUGACACCCAGCAGCUCUUCCCCUUUGGUUACGUGUCCAACAUCCACUACCACACCCUGAGUGAUAUUUCCUGGUCCAGCGAUGGGGCCUUCCUGGCCAUUUCUUCCACAGAUGGUUAUUGUUCGUUUGUGACAUUUGAGAAAGAUGAACUUGGAAUACCUUUGAAAGAGAAGCCAGUUUUAAGCCUGAGAACUCCUGACACAACAAAGAAAACCAAGAGUCAGACACACCCAGGGUCAUCACCAGGACCCAGACUAGCAGAGGGAACCCCCACCAGCAGAGCCCAAGACCCCAGCAGUCCCUGCACAACGCCCCCGCAGGCCAGACCACCUCUAGCCCCCACAGCGAUCAAAGACACUCCCCCGACUACUCCUGGAGCCAAAAGCUGCUUGCCAGGGCCUUCAGAGGAGAAGACGCUUCAACCCAGUAGUCAGAACACAAAAGCCCACCCAUCCCGCAGGGUCACUCUGAACACGCUGCAAGCCUGGAGCAAGACAACACCCCGGAGAAUAAACUUAAUGCCCUUAAAGACAGAUAGUCCACCCAAUUCUGUACCAGCCAGUACAAUUUCCAGCCCUUCCACAGAAGAUAUUCAUUCAGUUUCAGAGAUGCCUGGAGACCCUGAGGACAGCCCCCCAGAGCUGAAACGGCCCAGACUCGAUGAAAACAAGGGAAGCAUUCACAGCCUGGACCCUUGAUGGUGUCUUGACUUCUACUACAAGGCCUGGCAGGUGCCAGGACCUCAUGUGUGCAGAGGAGGCCAGGUCGAGGACACCCGAGACCAGCGGCAUCAGACCAAGCAGAACAGACACUCAUCUGCUGAUUUCUGGAACAGAAGAUGCAGGGGACUAAUUGUUCUCCAGACUAUAUAUACUCCUUUAUUUAGUAUCCAUUUUUAACUUGGGGAUGGGAACAACUUCACAGACUAAAUUAUGUUUUUGAUGAAUUUCUGAAACUGGAGUUAUUCAACAUUAGAUAGAAUGAGUUUCAGUAAAUCCUCCCAGAAAAUACUUACGAAAGUAUAGCUACUUUAUGGGUGGGCUCCUUUGAAGUUAGACUUCAAAAGAGGAGAAAGUAAUUUGAGGUUUACUCUGUUGAAUUUUAGACUGCUUCAAGUGAUUAUCAGAAUUGGUUUUUAGUUGGUUAAUUAAACUCUGGAAUUUUU